AUGAGAAUUGAAUUCACUUCCAAUGCGCUACCUAUGAAUGAGAUCUGUCGGUAGUUCUUCCAAGCUCAUUGGAACUACAGAGACUGUGUCAUUGACGUGGCACCAACUAUCUUUAAAUUGAUUGAUAUUUUUCUGCUAAUUUUGUAAUUUCGUAUAAUACAGACUUAAUAUUGCUGC